AUGAAGGACAAACGGCAGCGACACACCCUCCCCUGGCCCCUCCCCUUCCUGGACUCCAUGAUGCCCCUCCCCCUCCUGGAUCCCAUGGGUGCUCUGCUGCUGUCCCGGACCCCCACCACCUACCCCCUCCUGCCUCACCCGCUCACGGCCCUGCCUUACUCCCCUCUGUCUCUGUCCCACCACGUCUCACCUUACAGCGCCCCCUUCAGGCUGGGCUCGUACAGCAGCAGAGCCCUGUGUCCCGCCGGCUCCCAGGGACACACCCCGUCCUGUCCCUGUCCCCUGUCCCCGGUGCGAACGGAGGGGACUGGCCUGACCGGGACCCUGACCAGGACCCAGACCGGGACCCUGACCAGGACCCAGACCGGGACCCUGACCAGGACCCAGACCGGGACCCUGACCGGGACCCCGACCAGGACCCCGACUGGAGGGACAGAGGAGAAGUGUCACGCGGUCCCUUAA